AUGAUCAAUGAGGUGUCUUCCCUUGCAAAUUGGCUCGACCAAUCACUGAUUCCCAAGUGGCUAUUCUUCACGACUGCCGUAGAGAUGUGUCGUCUACGUCUCAUGUUUGCCCUUAUUCUUCUGAUUUCAGCAGGUAUUGAAAAAGUAGCGGGCGAGGGAGAGGGGAAUAAAUGUGAUGUAUGUGUACAGGUGGUAAAGCGGUUGAUUGAGCAAUUGGGCAACUCGAGAGGUGAUCCCAAGGAAGUGAGGACCAAGUUCGAAGCAUUAUGCAGAGACCUCAAAAAGAGUUCGCCUGAAGGGGUUGAGAGCCGAUUUUGCUAUCUUGUUGGUGGACAUGAAGAGUCUGCAGCGAAGACAGUUAUGUAUUUGGUGGAUCAGGUCACCACUUACAAACCAGCAGAGAAGAUUUGUAUGGAACUGGAUAAAAAAAUUAGUGGUGUGUGUGAUUUCAAAUACAAGGAUAAAAUUGAUUGGUCCAAGGUGGAUUUGAACCGUGCCAAUCUCAAACAGCUGAAGAAAAUUCUGGCGUCCUAUGACAUAUAUGAGUGUCCCCAUUGUAUAGAAAAGUCGGAUUACGUGGAGCUUGUUAAGGACGAAGUCCGAAAACGUGAUCCAGAAGCAGCCAAGCUGCUCGGAAUAUCACCGAAAGUGGAACUGUAG